GUUUUCUGUAAAUUUCGAAGGAAAGUGUUGAUUCUUGUUUUACGAUGAGUAUGUCCAAAAAUGGUAGUUGGUUGUUCUGUUCAAUUUCACAAGUGAAUUCGAUGUUUUUGUGUGCAUUAUUGAUAUUAAUCUAACCCUUCAUUGCCAAGAAUAAAAGGACUUCCCAAAGUUCAUAAACCUGGAAAUGAAAUGCGUGAGAUUGUUUCAGCCAUUGGUUCACCUACACACAAAAUUGCCAAAUAUUUAGUACAAGAAUUCCAAAACAUGCCUAAAAAAUUUCACAGUAGAUCUGUCAAGAAUUCCGAACAAUUCACAGAACUAGCACAGAAUUUAUCCGUUAACGACGAUGAAAUUUUAGUUUCAUUCGACGUUAAAUCACUAUUUCCAAGCAUUCCAGUUAAAGAGGCCAUUAACCUACUAGAAGAUUGGCUUCUGAACCAAUAUGAAGAUUCAGAUUCAGAUUGGAUUAAGAAAGUUCGUACAUACAUCAAAUUAACCAAACUUUGUAUGGAAGAAAAUUAUUUUUCGUUCAGAAAUGAAACCUACAAACAACUUAAUGGUGCCCCCAUGGGCAAUCCACUUUCUCCAUUUUUAAGUGAAAUUUUUAUGGCAAAUUUGGAAAAACGCUUAGAAAACAACAAACAGCUUCCUGAAGUCUGGUGGAGAUACGUUGACGACGUGUUUAGCAUUGUUAAGAAACAUCUUUUACCUGAAAUCUUGAACAAUAUCAAUAAUGCACACAAAAACAUCGAAUUCACUUGUGAAAUUGAACAGAACAACCAACUACCAUUUUUGGACAUACUCAUCGUAAAACAAGAAUCAACACUUUCCUUCGAAAUUUACAGAAAACCGACACACACUCAACGCACUAUUCCAAAUUCAUCAAAUCACUCACAUCAACACAAAAUUGCAUCCUUCAAUCACAUGAUACACCGAAUGCAGACACUUCCACUUAGUGAAACAGGAAAAACGAAAGAACUUAAUUACAUUUUCGAAGCAGCACAGUUGAACGGUUACACAAAACAAACAAUACAACAGAUCAUCAACAAAAAGACACAACAACAAUACAGACGUUCUUUGACUACACUCACACGGACAGAACCUACACUUAAACGGAUAACUGUGAACUACAACAAUGACACCAAAAAACUCCGACCAAUUCUCAGAAAGUUUGGUUUUGAAUUAGUUUUCACAAGCAAAGCUAACCAACUUCAAACUCUCUUAGGAUCUACGAAAGACCCGUUGGACAACUUAACAAAAUCUGGUGUUUACAAAGUAACAUGUAAUCACUGUGACAAAAUAUACAUAGGACAAACAAAACGCACACUCAACACACGAUUUAAAGAACACAUAACGGAAGUAUCAAAAGCACACAAAGACACAGACAAGGGACUCAUUCAUCAUUUUAAAUCUAAAGUUGCUGAACAUAUUUUCAAUGAAGGACAUUUUUUGAAUACUUCAAAUAUUAAACUCUUACGACACAUUACAAACCCAUGGAAACUUGAUGUUGCAGAAAGUUUAGAAAUUUACAAACAAAACAAUAAAAAACUACUUAACAAGGAUCAGGGCAAUGGAUACACGUGGCUGUUUAAAUUUUUACCUAACACACACAAAACAUUACACAAUACACAAAACACAAAUUGACUACCUACCAAAUCGGCAGGAAAAAAUAACACAACAAACACCAAUUGACUACCUACCAAAUCGGUAGGAAUUUUCCUAGCUUUAGGUAUCUUAUUGACACCCUGUUUUCUAACAGGUAGAUACACCCCCCUUUUUACAAAUCUGUACCUACAAUUUUGUACCUACAA